UCUUAGUGUCUCACUCUCGCUAGAGCAUUCACAGCAGCUCACAUUCGAAGCUCUCCUCAGCUGAGUUUGUUCAAGCGGACGGUUAAAUCGGAGGGCGAGGAGAGGAGAGGGGAAAAACAUGACAGAGGGACGGAGAGCAGAGAUGGUGGAGGAAAAACAGAAGAAGUUGGAAAGAGUGAGGCAGACCCACUGUCACUUGUAGCUGAAAAGCGAUUGAAGGCCUUACUUGGAUAUGAACUCAUGCAUGAAUUGGACUUAAAAACAAAAAAGCAAGCCGGGUGCCAUGCGGUCGUAUGGGAUUCAGAUAUCAGACUGGAUCGAUAAGGAAGUGGAAGACAUGCUGGAAACUGGGCGGGAGUUCUGAGGAGAGAAGGAGGAAGCACAGUGAUUUUGUUUUGUGAGAAUGAACACUGAGGCGGUUGCACUCUGAUAACUAUGAAGGAGACAAACUUUUGCUUGUGGAGGGGGAGUGGUAAUAAAGCAUUCAGACUGUUGAAGAGCCUGACAAAGGCCUACUUGACGUGACAACAUCAAUAACCAGUUGGAAGGAUAGGAGGACAAUGGAGAAAAAAAGACAGACCUUUAGGACACAGACAAGAGGAUGAAGAUGAUUAGACAGGUAAAGGCAAAACAUGUUUAAAAGUAAAAGGAGAUAAAAAAAAAACUAGAAUAAAUAAAGAAAGUAAGAAGCAGGUCCAGGACAAAAAAGGCUCCCAAGGUUAUCAUUUAUCAGUGUUGACAAGAAAUAAUAAGUUAUCACAAUGUUCAUGAACUUUCGCCGUAUCCACAAGUACCAGUUUGUGCAGCUGCUGGCCACUGCCCUGGUACUCAGUGUGUUGAUGGUCAGCUGGGAGGAGCUGGACCAUCAUGUGGUCAGUCAUGUGAAAUCCUACACAUACCGCUAUAUGAUCAACAGCUAUGACUUCCUCAAUUCUUCCUUUACCAUCACGGCCAACCAUCCUCACGGAACGGGUCGUUUUCGCAAUGUAGGUGGUGCCUUAGUGAAUUAUCCAUACCUCAUCAACCACCCAAAGAAAUGUGAAGCCAGAGAUGGAAAAAACUGGGACGAUAUCUUUCUCCUUCUGUUUGUGAAAUCCUCACCAGAGAGCUUUGAACGGCGCCAGGCCAUCAGAGAAACAUGGGGAAACGAGAGCUUUGUUUGGUCAAAGCUGGGGGUCAGGGUGAGUCUACUUUUCCCCAUUGGGGUUCACUCGGAUGUUAGACAGAGAUCUGAGAUACAGAGUCGGUUGUUGAAGGAGGACAAGAUCUAUGGAGACUUAAUCCAGAGGAACUUUGUGGAUACAUUUCAUAACCUGACCAACAAACUGAUUCUCCAAUUUCACUGGAGCCAAAACUACUGCCCCAAGGCACAAUUUGUCAUGUCUGCAGACGAUGACGUCUUCGUACACAUGCCUAAUCUGGUGAAGUACUUGCAGCAUCUCCUGACUAGCCAGUCGGGAACUAAAGACUUGUGGGUGGGACAUGUACAUAGGGGAUCCCCUCCAAAUCGCCGUAAAGACAGCAAAUACCACGUCCCGUAUGCGAUGUAUCCCUGGCCUUCUUAUCCAGACUACACUGCCGGAGCAGGGUACGUGGUUUCAGGGGAUGUGGCUGCUAAGAUCUACAAGGCAACUCUCGUAAUGAACUCCUCCAUGUACAUUGACGACGUCUUCAUGGGAAUAUGCGCCAGUGCCAUGGGAGUCUAUCCCCAGGGCCAUGUGUACUUUUCAGGGGAGGCCAAGACUCCGUACCACUCCUGCAUCUAUGAUCACAUGAUCACGUCGCACGGCCAUGCCGCAGAUAUGCGCUCACUGUGGCAGGCUGCAACGGCGGAUAGAAAUCCCACAGGAUUUAUGGGUAAUGUGUAUUGUACAGCUGUGAGGAUGGUGCUGCUGUGUCUGCCAUACUUUCAGAACACCUACUCCUGCUUUGCUGCUUUUACAUAAAUGGUCACUGAGUGACCUAGGACCACUGAAUGCUAAAUAUCCCAAAGAAACACAACAAAACCAGAAUCAGAGAGAUUUACAUUCACAUUAUAACUAAACUACCACUUUUAAGUUUGCGCUUGAUCAAUUAAGAGCUCUUUAGAUGACUGACAUGUUAUGAUGUAUGAUUACACAUGGCAGAGGAAUAGAUACGACCAUCUUAAUAUUUUUGGGAGAGAACUGGCACAAACAUCAUCUCCAUAAAAAUCCUGUGCCACUUUCUUUGGAUCAGGAAGAUAUAUCUAUCUAUUAUCUAUCUAUUAUCUAUCUCUACCUUGGACUAUGUUUACAACCAUGACUGACAUUCAUCAUCGUUAUCAUCAUCAUUAGUGCAUUUCACACUGGGACACCAGUCAGUUCAAGAAAAACUACAUCUUCCACACUGAGACCUUCACCUGUUUGGGACAAGUCAGGGUUGCAGGUAUCAAUGCGUGGCUGUUUUGCACCUUCGAUUUGUAUUUCAAAUCAAAUUGAUUUAUAUUUCAAAUCAAAGGGAAGUCAGGGCUUUUAUGCAUCUACUUUUCCAGGAUCAUUUGAACUUUAUUUCCCCUUCUUAGCCCUUGUUGCCCCCUCAUAAUUCUGUCACUUCCUUCCCUGCCACUGCUGCUCUGCUCCAUCCUGUUGAACACAUUCACUAAUUAAACUAUAGUUUAUUGUCAUUUGUUGUCUUUUUUUAUGUGAAUCAUGCCUACAGAGCAAAACAGAUUUGGAACACAGUGGAAAGUGACUAAAGGAGGACAGAAGGGGAGAACAAAGUGUUUGAAUUCCAAUGUAUUACAAUUAAGAUAGAAGAACUUAAUAAUUAAGAAAUAAUUUAUUUUAAGGGUUUUAAUAUUUUACUAAUUGUUUUUACAUAUUUUGUAUGAUUGUGUUUUUUUUCUGUUGUUUUAUUAGCUCGGCUGUAAAGUAAAUGAGGCUAAUGAGUUUAAAAAAAUUAAUAAAUAAAGAAAUUACUCUGA